AUGCUUUUCUCUCCCAUAAUACCGUACCUUGACGCAAACGGCGAAGACGUUGCCUCGCAGCCAGAUGAAUGUCAGCCACCUUUUCACCCAUCACAAUUCCCGCUCGCGCCAGACCACUACCUCAUAACGCUGAUCCAAUACAACACCCUCCGCGGCAUUAUGACCAACCUCCUCCUCGUCCAAGUCACACUCGAUCCCGCGUGCCAAAACGCGGUGCGCAUCCCUUUGCUCCACCAGCCGCCCAAAACCCCACCGUCUACGUUUCAGCAAACCCCACUGCAGAAGAGCGUAAAGCACGAAGACUGGAUCGACAGUAUACCGUGUCCCAGGCUUAGAGAUAACCUCAUCAUCGCCACCGGAAGCUUCAAUGACGAUGCCCUCUGCGAUGACAUCUGCGGCGGUCUGUAUGAUGGCUUCGAUCAUGUCGAGUCGCGUGGCUUGCUAGUUUGGGGCGACCCCUGGCUGAUAUCCAGCUGGGAGAUUAGCCCGGGGUUCCUGAGCAGGUGGGGCUUUUUGCUGAGGGGUUGUGUGGAGAUGCUGAGGGCGACGAAUAGGUGGAGGGAGAGUAGAGGAGAAGAGUCGCUGGUAAUAGAGGCUGUAUCAACUUAA